AUGCUCGCGGCACGCGCGGCAGCGGCCCGGGCCCACGCAGGAUACUGGCCCCUCGCUCGGUCGACUUCGCUGCGCGGCAUCACCGGUAACUUUCAGCGCAGGAGAUCGCGCGGCCUUGAUCACUCGAACAGCCUCUGGGUAGCGAAUUGCGCCAUGGACGGCGCGCAGAACUCGUCUGCAACGACGCAAGUGCGCCAAACAAUCGCCUUGACGCCGGACGAAGAGGAAUUGUUCAGCCUUCUGCUGGCCGCCGCUCGGCGCCACGGUCUGAACACCACCAUCCGGUGUGCUGGAGGCUGGGUGAGGGACAAACUGCUGGGGGGCGAGUCCUCCGACAUCGACAUUGCCCUGGAUGACAUGCUGGGCAAGGACUUCGCCGAGAAGGUCAACGAGUACAUGUGUGAGAAGGGGAAAGAGGUGGCUGGCGUGGGGGUGAUCAAGAGCAACCCGUCCCAGAGCAAACACUUGGAGACUGCUACGAUGAAGGUGAAUGGGAUCUGGAUCGACCUCGUCAACCUGCGCAGCGAGAGCUACGCGGACUCAUCGCGCAUUCCCGAGAUGGAGUUUGGGACGCCGGCGCAGGAUGCGCUUCGCCGCGACCUCACGAUCAACGCACUGUUUUACAACGCGAACACAAAGCAAGUUGAAGAUUUCACCGGAUCGGGGCUGCAGGACUUGCGCGCUGGCAUCAUACGCACACCACUUGAUCCACUCACGACAUUCAUGGACGACCCGCUCCGCGUCUUGCGCGCGGUUCGCUUCGCGGCGCGCCUGGGCUUCAAAGUCGAUGAUGCCUUGUGCACAGCAGCCAGGAGCGAGGAGGUGCGCAGAGCUCUGGAAGACAAAGUUUCGCGCGAACGCAUCGGUGUGGAAGUGCAGGGGAUGCUGCGAGGACCUCGCCCGGUCUUCGCCAUGAAGCUGCUGCACUCGUUAGGGUUACAUGCAACCGUCUUCUGCACACCGCCGGAUCUCGCGCCGGUCGCCGAAAAUCUUGCAGCGAAGAGCAUCGCCACGCUUGAGGCCGUGUUGGAGGUGGACGGCGCGGUAGGAACGUCCGGUGCCUUGUCGGAGGAUGCUCGGAGGGUAAUGAUGCUGUCCGCUGUGCUCUGCUCCCUGCGGCGCAUCACUGUUGGCCGUGGCAAGAAAGAGAUAUCUCUGCACACGUUCCUGAUCAAGGAAUCUCUGAAGCUGCGCGGCAAGGACGCGGAGCAAGUUGAGGCCGUGCUGCAGCAGAGCACUGAGGUGCUGCGCGUGCUGCAAAGAAUCCACGAACCGUCCGGUGGGACCGACGAGCGGGUCCGCAGCGACCUCGGACUAUGCAUCAGGCGCUCCAAGGACGUGUGGCCGGUGGUGAUGCGCGUCGCUCCCGUGCUGCUGUUGGACGAGGCUGAGCCCGUGCCCGGUUCCGACCAACUGGAAGACGAUGCAGAGACACGUCAGCUCGUGCGAAGGCAUCUGGCGGACAAGGUGGCGCCCGGUGCUUCAGUCUCGUGGAAAUGGAAUGCACAGCCUGGUCUGGAUAGCACAGCGACGCCAGGAGACGAUCUCGAGCGACUGAGCGCGGCAAUGUCUCGUGCGUCUCAGGACUUGCUCAGGGCCGUGGACGACUUCGGCCUGGAGGGCUGUGCGUCUUGGAGGCCGUUACUAGACGGCGGUGCCGUGAUGCGGACUCUCGGGAUGAGAUCGGGUGGGCCGGCUCUUGGGCAAGCAAUGCAUGCGGUGCUGGAGUAUCAACUCGCGCAUCCUGAAGCUACGGCACAAGACGCCGAGGAGUUCCUGAGGACGAGGUAUCAACCAAGCGCGUGA